UAUGGAGGAGACAACCUUACCUGGCCACCUAUUACAUGACGGAAACUAACUAAACAACUGAAGAAAUACGGCAUCCAGCGGAGCACUCACAUGCUUACUUAAUUAGGCCAUUGUUCAUUGUCUCUACUGCUAUGGCUGUCUGCCUAUAAAUACCAAAUCUCAAUCUUCAAUGCUAACACAAAUUUUAGAAAUCCCCACAUCAGAAAGAAAAUCAUAAGAAAUGGCUGCUCUUUCUUCAAAACCUAAUCACGUUCGAUCACUCAGUUUGCCUGGCAGAUCACACCCAACCACCCAGAGAGUUGAAGAGGAGCUAAACAAGCUAAAAUCAUUGGAAGUAUCAACUGCACCAGAAGCUGUGAGCAAUGGUCUCCUCAGUUUGGAGAAAUUGUACAAGUGCAUAGAUGAUUUUCUCAACUUACCUCAAACCCUCUCCCAGAGUCUACAUGAAAAAUGGCUUGAUGAUUUAUUGGAUAAAUCAGUGAGGCUUCUUGACCUUUGUGGCACAAUAAAGGAACUUGUCUCACGAUGUAAAGAAAAUGUAAGAGAUCUUCAAUCCUCCUUCAGAAGGAGAAAAGGAGAUUCAACUACAGAUGACAGCGUUGAAAGAUUUACCUCUUUCAUCAAGAAGAUCAAGCGGGACGCCAAAAGAUUAGUCUCGACUUUGAAGCAAAUGGAUCAAGAGACUGCAGUAUCGGUCUUGCUAGAGGCAGAUCAAGUUACAGUAUCUGUGAUUAGAGCACUAAAGAAAGCUAAUGCAGUAUGCCUGUCAACUUUCCAAAUGCUUUGUCCUUCUUGUGUGCCCCACUUUUGAAGCCUAAGCCAUCUAAAUGGUCACUGCUUUCAAGAUUGAUAAACAAAGAAAGCAUAGCACCAGCAGCGCUAGAAGAAAACAUGAGCUUAGAAACCAAGCUCAAAAGCUUAGAGGCUUAUCUUGUUAGCUUUGAAGAUGGAUUGGAAGCAACAUUUAGAUGCCUGAUUAGAUCUAGAAGCUCACUACUGAAUGUUUUCUCCUGCUAAUCAGCAGUUGAUAUUCCAUUUACUGUAAAUUUUAUAUACACAGUUUUGUUGUUAUGUAGAAAUAUACAAUCUUCAGGUGAUUGAGCAUACAUCAA